AUGCUGGCGUUGAACGGUGCUACCGUGGAAACGGCUGGUGUUGUGACGCCCAGCUUGGCACAACGAAAACGCUGGGCAGCGGCCAUCGAGGGGUUGCCCGGUGGAAGUCACACCGAUCCCACCACGACUUGGGAGAAGCUGCAGGUGCGUUUGCCAGCAGCGCCUGUAAACCUGCCCGAAUCACGCCCACAGGCUCCAAACACCGUCAGAUUUGUUUGCAUCAGCGAUACGCACGACGUCCACGCUUUGAUGCCUGAACUGCCGGCAGGCGACGUCUUGAUUCAUGCAGGAGACUUUUCCCGAGUUGGCCAGCCGGACGCAGUCCGGGCCUUCAACGACUGGCUCGGACAGCAAACACAGUUCAAGCAUUGCAUCGUCAUCGCCGGUAAUCACGAUUUGAUUUUUGAUCGAGCCAACUUUGCCUCAGCCUUGGCCCAGCGCUUUCGCGUUGAUCCGGCAUGGGGACGCAUCGAGCCUACAAGCUUGCUGACCAAUGCCAUUUAUCUCGAGAACGAGAGCGUUACCGUCGAGGGUAUCAAGGUAUUUGGUUCGCCAGAUCAGCCCGAAUUCUGCGACUGGGCCUUCAAUUAUCCGCGUGACGUCAAGCCACAACAGAUGGACGCCAUUCCGGACGACGUGGACGUCCUUGUGACUCACGGUCCGCCGUUGGGCCACGGUGAUGCCUGCAUGUCUGGUCAGCGGGCUGGCUGCGUCCAUCUGCUCGAAACCAUUUAUCAGCGCCUGCACCAGCUCAAACUACACGUCUUUGGGCAUAUUCAUGAAGGGUACGGCGUCACGACAGACGGGCAAACGCUAUUCGUGAAUGCCUCAACGUGCAACUUCAAUUAUCGUCCUCGUCAGCCAGCCAUCGUGAUUGAUGUGCCUCAGCCCACGAGCCGGGCAUGA